AUGUCUUCUGGAAAGUCCUAUAGACCAGGUCCAAACAAUCAUCGAACUAAAUUUGGCAUCAACAUUCAGAAUCAUAAUCAAGAUAACAGAGCAAUGUCAUCCAGUAAGAAAUUUUUUGGUCAUAUUGGUAAUGCCGUUCAAUCUUACCAAGCUGCUCUCAGGGUGCUAAAACCAGUUAAAUACACAGCGGUUAAUAGUGUCGUUUUGAAAGAAACAAACAAAAAGCAAUAUCAUCCAGAUCGAGAAUUGCAGAAGCAUAUUGAAGACUAUCUCACAGCAUUUGGUGAGAGGAGUAAGCUGGCACAUACAGAAUCUGAUCUAAAAUUGAAUCAAAAGAUAGAAGCACUAUCUCCAAGCAAUGCUUCGGACAAAGAACUUAUUCAAAAAAUAACAGCUAACCAUAUUCCUAAAGUAAGGUUACUACCGGGAACCCCUAGUUGGGCAGAGUUUACCAAGGUUUUGAAAUCAAUACAAAGUCGAAAUACUAUAUGCAUGAGUAUUGACAUAGAAGCAUGGGAAAAGAACCCUUCCAUAGUAACAGAGAUAGGAAUAUCUAUCUGGGACCCUCGGGUUGAAGACGGGAAAUAUUCCAUAUCGGGCCCUACCUUCCAAAACCACCAUAUUCUUAUAGAUCAAUCCUUGCCACUUCGCAAUACACAAUUCAUGCCUGACCACAAAUAUCAAUACUUACUAGGUAAGUCCAAAGUAAUGGAUAUCAGACACUGCCAAGCAUUUAUUCAGGGAUUGAUUGACAAAUACAUGGUCCCAGAUCCUAAUGAAUCACAAACUCUCGGCUAUCAAAGAGCUUUUGUAGGCCACGGGUUUGCCAGUGACUUGAAAUGGUUGAAAACACUCCAGCUUAGAAUUUCUGAUGAUAUCCCAAUUUUCGAUACUAUGAAGUUUUUUCAAUCAAUAUACGGAUCGACUGGAUCAGGUUUGGGGAAGGCUCUACGAUUGUUGCAAAUACCACAUGCAUACAUGCACAAUGCCGGAAACGACGCUUACUAUACACUGAGACUUCUACUACACAUGUGCGAUAUCGAAAAGAGAAAGCUGUUAGCCUUGGAUGACAUCGAAAGGAUCCAAAACAUUAUCGAAGGAUGGAGGUCACAUGACUCAGGAAAUUCAUCAGGUAAAUCCAAAAGAAGAAAGAAGCUAGUGUCUACCGAAUUCCAAGGAGUAGCUCCAUUCAGCUCGUUGCCUUGA